ACUUCAUGCGCCCUACGCGCAAGGAUCGGAAUGGAAAGAUUGAAGUUCGAUACUGAUUCCCAGUCAAGCCUCUUUAUAUCGGCGUAAAGCUUCAACCCGUAAGGAAUACACGUCUAAAUACAGAGGAUUAUUCAGCCUGCCGUCCCAAGGAAUACUACUUCAGCCCCAACAGCGAUUAUUUCGCUCCCCGGCAUAGCCUGCGUUACGCUCGUGCUGGGAACUGCACAGACACGGAGAAUAUACCGAGGACUAUAGGUCUACGGCUGCCAAAUGCGGAGGGGGUGAUUCACCGUCUUUGCUAAAACGGGGACAGCGCUGCUUUUUCCCAAGAUUUGAGCAGGUGUUUGAACGAAACGUUUUCACGUCUGACUGAGUCUUUGGAGCAGGAAAUUGUAAAGAGAGAGGAUCAGCUGGACACAAAGGAAGUAUCAAGCCAUGGGGGUCAAAGCCCUUCUUAUUGCGUGUGUAAUACUUGCUGGUACCGGCUCAUCCAAACGGGUGGUGACGGUUCAGAGCGGGCCCCUGAUCCGCACAGAAGGCUCCCAUGUGACCAUCUGGUGCAACGUGACUGGCUACAAGGAGGGGGUGGAGCAGGACUUUGAGUGGUCCAUGUACCUGCACACGGCCCCCGACCGCGAGAUCCGGAUCAUCAGCACCAGCCAGCCCAACUACGCCUACAGCGUGUACGCCCAGCGCGUCAACCGGAAGGAGAUCUACGUGGAGCGGCUCACCGGGGACUCCGCCCUCCUCCACAUUUCCAAGCUGGAGGCCAAAGACCAGGGCCAGUUUGAGUGCUACACCCCCAACACGGACGGCCACUACCUGGGCUCGUACAGCGCCAAGACCAACCUGACCGUGAUUCCGGACACCCUGACCGUCACCUCAGCGGGACAGACCCUGAGCAAGGUGGAGGGAGACACCCUGCAGCUGGCCUGUGAGGUGUCCCGGCAGACCCCCCAGCACACGCACCUCUCCGUGGGCUGGUACCUGCGCUCCCCCAACCACAGCGCCCCACCCCAGGACCUGGUCACCCUGUCCCGGGACUUUGUGCUCCGGGCGGGAGCCCCCUACAAGCAGCGCUUCAACACCGGCGACCUUCGCCUGGACAAGACCAGCAGCGCCACCUAUAAGCUCACCAUCUACAAGCUGCAGCCCGCUGAACAGGGCCUGAUCUACUGCGAGGCGGCCGAGUGGAUUCAGGACCCGGACCGCUCCUGGUACGCCAUGACCCGGAAGCAGUCCGAGAAGACCUCUGUCAAAGUGCAGCCCACAGACAGGGACUUCAGUAUCCAGGUGAACACGGACCGGAGGGCCUACAGCUCGGGCGAGACCCUGGAGCUGCGCUGCAGCAUCGACGCUCAGAACAUCCAGGACCGCUACUUCUCCGUGUCCUGGGUGUUCAGCAGCUCCCCCGUGGCCCUGGUGGGGCCCAGCUCCGUGCCGGUGCUGAGCGGGGACUACGUGCGGCGCGAGGCGGCCGGCCAGCUGACCGUGCGCAAGGAGAGCCCGUCCGUCCACCUGCUGAAGCUCCGCUGGCUCCGCCCAGAGGACACCGGGAAGUACAUCUGCAGGGUCACCGAGCGCGAGAGGAUGCCCUCCGGCGACUUCAUCGACCGCAGCAAGAGGUCCCGCAACGUGCAGAUCUCCGUCCAGCCCCUACGGACCAACAUCAGCGUGUCUCUGACCGCCAACUCCUCCGAGGUCCCGGAGGGCGACCCCGUCCAGCUGGUGUGUUCGGUGCGGGGCGCCAUGGCGACGGCCGGCGCUCUGUCCGUGCUGUGGCAGUGGACAGACAGACAGGGGGCGGCCCCGGCCCAGGACGUGGCCGCGGUGGACCGGGAGGGGACGGUGCGUCCGGGGCCCUCGUACCGCGAGCGCAGCGGCUACGGCGAGAUCUGUGUGGACCGCGCGCGGGCCGACACCUUCACGCUGUCCGUGUAUAGCGCCCUGCCCGCCGACGAGGGGGAGUACAGGUGCACCGUCGCCGAGUGGCUCCAGUCUCCGGACGGGACCUGGGAGAACAUCGGAGAGAAGACGGCGGUGACUGCCAUCGAAGUCAAAGCAGUGGAAUCCUCCUUCUUCGUGUCGGCGUCGUCGCGGACGCCCAGCGUGACGUACGGCGACUCGUUCGACCUGCAGUGCAUCGUGAAGCCGCGCUACAACCCGCGCGUCCCCUCCACCGUCACCUGGCGCUUCCAGCCCCGGGACGAGGCCGGGGGCCGGGGCGAGUUCCGGGACCUGGUGACGCUGACCCGCGAGGGCACGCUGCAGUGGGGCGAGCAGCUCCAGGGCCUGGGCUCCAGGGCCUCCAUAGACAAGUCCCCCACCAACAGCAACCUCCGGCUGAGGGUGAACCGCGCCGGCCGCCGGGACGCCGGCACCUACCAGUGCAGCGCCCAGCUGUGGAGGAGGAACUACGACAGCACCUGGACCAAGGUCACCAACCGCACCUCCAACCUGCUGGGGAUCAACGUGCUGAAGCCCGUGAGUAAGCUGCGGGUGCAGAAGGCCAAUCAGAGCGUGUGGCUGGUGGAGGACGGCCGCGUGCGGGUCAACUGCUCCGUCGCGGCGCAGACCAGCCCGGACUCCCAGCACACGGUGCUGUGGUACGCCCGCAAGAACGAGGAGCAGCCCGACGACGCCCCGGAGCUGCUGCUGAAGAUCAACCACAACUCGGCCUUCGAGUACGGCGCCUACGCGGAGGAGGAGCGGCUGAAGAGCCGCGUGCAGUCGGAGCGCCUCUCCCCCGGCCUGUACGGCCUCACCCUGCACCGCGCCGAGGCCGGAGACAGCGGCCUCUACUUCUGCCUGGUGCAGGAGUGGCUGCUCGACCCCGACGGCGUCUGGUACCAGCUCAGCCAGGACGCCUCCGGCCUCACCCAGGUGGUGGUGAGGCAGCCAGAGAUCCGCCUGCAGGUGGAGGAGACCGAGUCCAACGUGACAGUGAAGGAGGCGGAGUCCUUCCGGCUGGGCUGCAGCGUCACCUCCCAGUCCUCCAGGGACUCGCGCUUCUCGGUGUCAUGGUACGUGGUGCGUCCGCGGGACGGGGAAGGAGAGGAGGGAGAGGAGGGAGAGGAGGGAGAGGAGGGGGAGGAGGGGGCGCGCGAAUGCCUCUUCUCCAUCGGGCACGACGCCGUGUUCGGGAACGGCAACUGCAGCCCCGCCGAAGACCCCGGCCCCGACUCCCGCCUGCAGUUCGAGAGGACGACCUCCGACCUCUACACCCUGACCAUUCAGAGAGCCAGGCCCAGGGAUGCUGGGAACUACUACUGCCACGUGGAGGAGUGGCUCCUGAACCCCCGGAACGCCUGGUACCGACUCGCCACCAACAACUCCGGGGUGACCAUCAUCAACGUGCUGGAGCAGGUUUCCUCUCUGCAGUCCAUCGUCUGCUCCAACGACUCCCUGUUCUACUUUGUCUUCUUCUACCCUUUCCCCAUCUUCGGGAUUCUGCUCAUUGCGGUCCUCCUGGUUCGCUACAAGGCCCGCAGUUCCAGCAAGAACCAGGAGGGCAAAAACGGCGCCCCCUUGCUGUGGAUCAAAGAGCCGCACAUCAACUACUCCCCCACCUGCCUGGAGCCCCCGGCCCUCAGCCUCCACCCCGGCAGUGUGGAGUAACGCCCCACCCCCACCCUUGGUACAAGAGGAAACCACCAUGAAGAUCUACGGGCUUCUCCAAGGCCCAGGCCUGUCACCACUGUGUCAAAGCUGUCCAAACCGUCCCCACAUCUUUCCUGCAGUCUAUUCCUGGCCCCCCCUCAGGCUCUUUCACUAAUAAUCUGAAGGGUCAUCUUCAGCAGAUUCAUCAUUUCGGUUUCUUUCGUGUUUCGCUGUGUGAUGCCCCCCCACCCCCCACCCCCCUCCUCCAAGGCACCAGAUAGUCCUGCACCUCUGCCCCUCAUCAGGACACCUCCGUGGGAUUAUAAAAUAUACUGUAUGUCACUUUGCCAAAAUGAAGUAUAGGUUCUACUCUCUCUGAUUGUACAACUGCCGCCAGGUGUCCAUCAAGGUUUCAUGUGACUUCAGAGCCUCUUUCUGGAUCCUUCCCUUUUCUCUUUAACGUUUCCCCCCUCCCCCUGGAAAGCAAAGCUGUAUACUGGAGCACAGAUACGAGGGGAGGGAUUGCAUCAGAAAUGGAAGAUGAAUUUGGAUGAAAGUUCUGCGUACGAUGAUUGAGUUUCUGGGGCGAACCCUGUCCGGUCAUUGGUGCCAAAGAUUCACGAACACUUUGGCCAAGAAAGCACUACCCUGCCAUGGUCCUGGGGACCUGACUUAACAUCACAGAUACGGCGAAUGCAAUCAGGCUUUCCGAACAACGGGACUUUGAAAAACAAAGCGGUGUUGUACAUGUGUCUACUAGGUCGUUAUCUCUGAGUGUGUGUUACUUGAAAGGCUCCAGUUGACCUAAGCGAAAUUGUUGCGCUUCUUUUUGACCCCCCCGGGAAGGAGCUGGGGGUGCGCGGUGGUUGGAGGAGCAGGCAAGCCUCCCUACAGUCAGAACGGAUUGUCUCCCUUUUCCUGGGCUUCUGGGGCGAGUGUGUCUGAAAAAUCUUUCUGACUGAGAUUAGGGAGGGCUGGAGACAGUGUUUCAUGCUCUGCUUCUGUAAACCUGAGGCGGUGUCACCUGUUAAAAUGUUAUCCUGUUUACCUGGGUAAUAGAACACACCGGCUAAACAUCGCCACAGGUGUGUGGUGAGAGGCGAUUUCAGGCACGUCUACACCAUGGCUGAAUGCUGAAUCUCUCCGCCUGUGUGAACUCUGAUACAGAGAGAGCGUGUGAAAGAGAGAGAGAGAGGGAGAGAGCGCUUUGCUCCCGAGUUUCAUAGAGCGAAUCCGAAUGCCUACAAGAUGGAUAUUUCAGUGCCAAGAACGUAUUCUUUUAUUUGUCUGCGAAUGCUGAAAGCGAUUUGAAGAAAGAGAAAAGCCUAUUGACUGGGGGCAGGUGUGAUGGGCUGCCACGGCUGUUGAAAGGUGAAAAAUGUAUGCACUUGCAGUCGAGAGCCAUCAUCUUGUUCUGUCGGUGGGACCCCUCAAAAACUCGCAAUUACAUAAAAGUGCAAACGAACAUACCUUUGAAUGAACUAGCAGGAAAAAAAGCAGCAGAACUCACACUAUUGUCUUUGUUGACUCAGUUUUCUGUUUUAUGACUUCAUACUCUCUUAAAGCCACAUUUCCUUCAGUUUUAGAGCAUUUCAGGUGUCUGCAUUUUGAUAACAACACAAUAUUUUCACUGAAGGCUCAUGCACAAUUUCUAUCCAGGCAGAAGGCUCAUAAAACAUGUCAAAACAAGCCCUUUCUGCCCAUAAGCCCGUGGGGCUUCGUAUGGCUUGCCAUACGAAUUGAAAUUGACACAAUACCCACGCAACAACACAAGUCCCAUGUUGCACCAACUUGACAUCAUCGCUAAUUAAGAUACAGCCAGCUUUGACAGAUUCGUAUGAGUAGGAAGUGAAACACAUACCCUCGAUGACAACUACAGGCAUUUCCACGUUAUGUUUUGUGUUAAUUACAAAUGUUAAAACAUUUAAUUGAAUGGAUUUUCUUUUAUUUAUUUUUUUUGUUUAUUGGUUAUUUAGCUAGUCUCUUUCCACUAAGGUAAAUAAUGAUAUGCACUGUCUGGUGACAAUAAACAAAUGUCAUCAAUAAGUGCUCACGGACAGACAGCAGUGAUGCCACAUGUUUUAAAAAUAGAGGUGAAAAAAUGGAAAGGUUCUGAGGGCCAAAUUCAAUAUUUGACAGAUCAUAUGUGAUGGUUCUGAUAUUUCCCAUUAUGAUGAUCUGAUUUUCUUUGGAUACUUGCUUUCAUUGAAAAUAUUGGGACAGUUCACAUUCACUGAGAGCUGUGCCUGCAGUUAUUCCAAACACUUAAACUGUUACAGACACAUAAUUACGCUUUUAAAAUCUACACAAGCAAGAUAAUAUGAAGUGCACUGUAAAAUAUUUAUUUGAGCUUUGAUAAGUAAUGGCCCCUUUUUACCAUCUGGAAUGGGGGAAAAUACCACUGUUUAAGCAAUGAUUAGGUAUCGAGGCACAGCAAAAUUAGCAGGACCAAUAAUCCAUACAGGGUUCUCCAAACCUGGUACUGGAGAUCCACUGAUUCCAUUCGUUUUUGAUUUUGGCUUUAAAUCAGCAAUCAGUACAGACAUAAGUCACCAGGUGAGGUGAAUUGACAGUACAAUCAACAGCUGAUCAAUCAGUUGCUGUGAAACAGCGAAAUUCUGUUAACUUGAACUGUCCAGGACUAGGAUUGCAGGCCCCUGACAUAUAACAUAACAUGGAACAACAUCAACUGAUUUUAUGUCUUUUAUUAGCCAUUGGUAUUUUAUUAGCCAUUUUUAAAAUAAAGUCUCUUUUUGAAAAAUCAGAGGAUGCACAUCCAAAAUCUAAAGCUCUACCAUAGAAGUGAUAAAUUGAAUCACUGUUUAUUCAGUGUUCAUAUUGAGGCUAUAUUUUAGACCAACGUUAUACAUAACAUUAUUGGUCUUUAAUUUCAGAAAUGAAACAAUACAAUCGGCCCAUUUUGUUCAUUUCAUGCUAACCCCUUAUUGAGCCUUUAUAAUCCGUAAUAAGUAGAAUGGUUAAUAACAGUACGUCAUUUACAAAAAGCAAUAUACUGUAUGCCGAAAGCGGGCGGCCAUUUUGGAUGGGUGGAUUUGAAAUGUUCUUCUGUUUCUUCUGUGGCUCUGAGUCUGUAGGAGCGGCAGCUGUUAUUCUGGAAGGGCCUGCAGCUAAUCCAUUUGUGUGAGUUCAUCCAGGGUAGCUGAGCGAGGCAUUGAAACCAGAGCCAAUCUAGUCAUUUUAUAUCUAUGGUUACAAAAAAAUAAACCACUGCAGAUUUGUUUGCCGUGAAAAAACAUAUGUGACAAAAUGUAUCAACUUGAUGCUAUUUAUUGAAAUGUACUGUAACAGCUAGUUAGAGAUUGUAAAUUUUCCUAGAUUAACGAAUUUCAAUGUGGACAUCAUCAUAACGGAACAAUGUGAAACUAAUGGCGACCGUCGCCGCAGAACGGAACGGCUCCGUGGAAUGAGAGAGAAAUCGCUUGUGGAGGUCUGAAGAGCUAAAGUGGGAUUCUAGUUUUUGUCUGAGACAUUGUGGAGCGCACACGGGGAGGACCGUAGGAGGCGCACUCUAUGGUACAUGUGUUUAAAGUCAGCUUUGCACCUCUUUAGAGAAAGUCAGUCCAUGUUCUGCUCUUUCCUCCUCUGUCGACAUGUAUAUUGCAUGACAAACGGGAAACCUUUUGAUGUUUUGUAGUUUUAUGUUUGACUCGAAAAAGGUGUGAUGAUGAUGAGUUGUUUUCUCGACAGCGUUCAACAUCGAUGCCUCAUUCUCCAUUUCCUUGACUGUAUGGAUUACAGAUUACAGUGCGUUUCAGAUGGUCCCAAAUUCAGCUCGUCUGAAUGUUAACUGACAAUGUAUGAAGGAAUUUGAGAUGCAUAACAGUUUUGUCUAUUUACUGGAUGUCGAAUGAAGAUUGGUUGUCAUCUCAAUUGUUAUCAGUGAUGAUAAGGGCAAUCCAAAUUGCCUAAUUAAGCCUAAUUAAACCUAAUUAGGUGCCUAAAUACAGCAAUGGAAUGGAGGGAAUGGCGCUGAUGUUCACUGUCAGAAUCCCAGUUGGCUCUGCUGUACAGAAUUGCUCUGAAUUGUGUUUUUGUAGGAAUGCACCCAGCCAACUCAAUGUUCUUACAGUGUUGCCAUAACGUUUUUGAGGACGCUAUGUUUGUAGGCUGUGUACUGGCUCGAGAGUUGGUGUAAACAUUGUGGUGGUGUGUACUCAGUUCAGCCAGUGCAGUUUUUUUAAAUGUUGUAUUUUAUAUUGUUUUUAAACUUCAUUUGUACAGAAAGAGUGCACUGAAUUAAAAAGGAAGGUCAGCGCUUUUUAUGCUU